CCAUCACCCACGCCUCCACAAAACACACGCGAGCACGCGGGUGGGUCUAUAUAAAAGCUCUGUGCGUCUUUACGCAGCAGAACCAGAACAAGGACGCAGCAUCCUGAGUGGACCGGACCUGGAGGACUCAGGACUCAGUUUAUUUUUCCCCCUCUCUCGGUCUUGAAGAUUUUGGAUUUAUUUUUGCUCGUGCUGGAUGUGGACAUCUGUUUGGACUGAUUUGGAUCUGGAGUAAAAUGGCCCACCUGAGGUACCUGCUGGUUCUGGCCUUGGUUAACGCGGUUCUGUCCUCCGGGGUGUUCGAGCUGAAGAUCCAUUCCUUCCACACGGCCCAGCGCAUGUGCCGGAGACACAGAGACUGUCACAUCUUCUUCAGAAUCUGCCUCAAACACCCAGAGGACGUCAUCUCAGCRGAGCCGCCCUGCACCUUCGGAACCGGACACACUAAUGUGAUCCGGGCCGACCACACGUCCAUCUCCAGCAGUGCUCCCAUCAGGGUCCCGUUUCACUUCAAAUGGCCGGGAACCUUCUCUUUGAUCAUCGAGGCCUGGAACACCGAGUCUCCAACAGAAUACACAGAUAACCACAACAACCUGGUGAGUCGCCUGGCCACCAGGCGGAGGCUGGCCAUCGGGGAGGACUGGUCCCAGGACGUCCACUUCGGGGAGCAGAGCGAGCUGCGCUACUCCUACCACGUCUUCUGUGACGAGUUCUACUUCGGGGACGGCUGCGCGGACUACUGCCGGCCCAGGGACGACACGCUGGGCCACUACACCUGCGAUGAGGAGGGGAACCGCGUCUGUCUGCAGGGCUGGAAGGGAAACUACUGCUCUGAGC